GAUUGCUGAGGGCCAGCGACAAGAGGAGGGCCGAAACAUAUUCACACAAACACGCCUCUCUCCCUCUCUCUCUCUCUCUCUCUCUCUCUCCCUCUCUCUCUGUCGGUAAUGUCUCCUGCAACGACUGGUAAAGCUGAAACAGCCCGAAAUGGAGAGGUACUGGUGGCGUUUAAGAAUGCCUUUCUGUUACACUUGGUCUGUGGAUUAGGGUUAGCAGUGGCGUUUUGGUUUGCCCACAUUGUCUAUGCUGUCAAUCUCAUUUCUGAUCCCGCUCAGACGCUAUAUCUGAUCUGGGUUAUUGAGUGUCCACUUGUUAUCAUACUCUACAGUCUCCUUCGAUGGAAUCCCGAGCAAUGCUCAUUCCUCAAGGCGGUUGUGCGAGGUUUGCUGGGGCUUCCUGCUGGGGCUCUUCUGAAUACAAUUGGAGCUAUUGUUUUGGGUGCACCUGUUGGAAGUCAGUACAUGAAGAGUACCAUUAAUUGGUCCCUUUUAAUGUCCUUGUUCACCUUUGUCCCUGCGGCUUCUGUUUUUGGUUCAUCAUGGAAGGAUUGGCAACGGUUAUUUGCGUACACCAAGCCAACUAGAGUUCUUGAUUAUAUGAUCUGUAUACCCGCACAUGGAGCUGCUAUUGGAGCUUGGUUUGGGGCUUGGCCUAUGCCUCUUGAUUGGGAAAGACCAUGGCAGGAAUGGCCAAUCUGUGUCACCUAUGGAGCAGUGGCUGGUUAUUUGGUUGGAAUGGUGGUGUCUCUGGGUUUCACAUUAAUUUAUGGUGACAGACAGCAGCAUGUCAAAGGAGACUAACUUAUAGAAUGUCUGAACAUGCCUUUUUUUUUUUUCUAAUCACCAGAGGCAAACUUAUAGGAUAAAUCUCUUGACACAUUUUUUUGCGUAUUUUUUUAACUUUUUGGAUGACAGUGUUCUAUAGUAAACAUUUUUAUUGACAAUGUAAGAGCUUAAGCAAUGGGAAAAUGAUGCAAACCAAGAUCGUUUCUUA